AUGUCCUACGCAGACGUCGCAGCAAAGGGACCCAAGCAGAGCCCUGAAGAGUCAUUGUCAAAGUCUCCAGGUCGGACGCUAGUCACGUCAUUCAAUCGACCUCGCGCCCCAGCCAUUCCUGAAGUCGAGAACUCUGACGACUCUGUGCACUCUCUCGUCGAUGUCGAUUCCCCACACGUCUCCUCUGUCCCCUCAGACUUCGAGUCCCAGUCCGUGAAGACUGACACUCAAGCCGAGCGCAUCGAACUCGAGGAGCGCGCGAAGCAGCGGGCCGCAGAGGCCAAGGAGAAGGCGAAGUCGAAGAGCCAGAAGGGCAAGAACUACGCCAAGGAGAACGCCGAUAACCCAGUUAUCCUAGGCAACACCCUUGCCGUGGGUAUCCUCGGAACCGCACUUGGUGUUGGUGCGUACAGGAAAUACGUGAAGGAUGAGUUGACCUGGAAGGUCGUUGGAGCUUGGGCUGGAUUCGUCGGCCUGUUUGCUGUUGGCGACUACUACGUGAGCCAAUACUUCUUCAAGAGGUACCCCACCAAGAAAUAA